AUGGCGUCCCUCCUGCGGGUCUCCCGUGGCUUUGCUCGCGCCGCCCGCCAUGUUGCGGCGCCGGUGGCUCGCUUAGGCUCAGGCGGUGCAGCCCCCUCAGAUCUGCCCCGGAGCCACCGCCUGUCCUUCCUCCGCGGUGGUUCCGCCGUCGAUGCCCCGCCCCUUGGUAGUGCCAUGUCUUCCCACACCGACGCACCGUCACCGCCCGCCUCCGACGUCUCCGGCACCACCGACAAAGAACAACAACAGUUCAUACAGUAUUGUAUUAGAGGCGAGGUUCACGGAUGGAGCAAAAGGGAAAUCUCAAUUCGAUAUCUUAUCCACCUCGUAUUUGGAGGUCAUGUGACAUAUGCGAGGUUUAUUACUUAG